AUGGCCAACGACAACCAGGUCGACCAGGUCGACCAGGACGAGCAGGACGACCAGGACGACCAGAACGAGCAGGACGAGCAGGACGAGCAGUACAACGACCACGAUGGCGACCAGGGCGAUGAGUCGGGCCCGAGCAUGGAGGAAUACGUGCUGGAGAUGGUGGACGCAGGGCUGUAUGCGCUGGGCAAUGGCGACAGUGAAACGGCGCUGAGGACACUCUCGGCGGCGGAGAGCGUGACGAGCAUCAAAAAGUGGCGGCGACGGACAGACGAGCCGGCUGUCAUCCGCAAGGCUGUGCGAGCACAGGCUCUUCUUGCUCUGGCUCGCUAUUAUGCUGAGCGUGCCCAGUGUCAUGCUGCUCUUGAGUAUGCAAACAAGGCGUACAAGAUCGAACUCGGCUUGGACGAGUGCUACGCUCCCGAGCGGACGCAUCUGCUGCUGGCCUCGCUCCUGGCCCGGACUCGCAAUCCGGCCGCUGCUAUUCGCCACUACCAGAUGGCUCUGGUUGCUAUGGGGCCAGAGCCGCAUCCGGAGCUUGCUGCCAUGGCUCAUCACAACAUCGGGCUCGAGCUGGAGCGGAUGGGCAACAUCCCUGCCGCGCUCAAGGCCCACGCCAACGCCGUCGACGCCGCGACCUCGGCGCUCGGCGCAGACCACCCCACCACCGCUGCGGUGGUUGCCGAGGAAGCGGCGGCCAAGGCUCGUGCAGCUGCGGCCCGCCGCCGCCGCGACAAGUCGUCGGCGGUCCCGCGAGUUGCGCAUGGGCACCCCCUCGCGCCCAUUGACUCCGCUACCGCCGAGGUCUCACCCUACGCCGGCGAGGGCGGGAGCCCCGACGAGAGGCCGCGGACCGGGCGGAUCGACGUCGAGCCGCCGCUCAUUCCGCUGCUCGGCGUCGAGGCCGACGACGCUGUCGGCGGCGGCACCAGCGACGAGACGAGCUCGCCGCAGCGGCGGCAGACCCGCCCACGGCCACCGGCCGGACACGGCGCGUCGGGCUGCCCGGCCGACGAGCAGCCGAUACUGCAGGCGGGCCAGACCGACACUGCAAGCGGGCCAGAGCCGAAGCGGCUGAUUGGCCAGUUGCGGGUCCACAUUGUCUCGGCCAACAUCUUGUCUGCUGCGGCGGCGCGCGCAUCGGUGGAGACCGACGCGUCGGGCAAGGUCCUCGCCAACAGCUUUUCGCCGUACUGCGUAGCGUUUGUGGGCAGCGCGGAGGAGCGGACGCCUGUGGCGCGCGACACGCUCACGCCGCAGUUUGGCGGCGACGACAUGGUGUUUGAGCUGAGCGGCGGCGCAACCGCGCUCGACCUCGCGCUCUUUGACGCACAGGACGACGCCAAGGACCCGUGCCUCGGCGCCGGCUCGAUCGCGCUGUGGGAGCUGCAUCUCGAUGGGCGGCGGAACAACGUGGUGGUCGACCUCGACGCCGACGCUGGCCAGAUCCGCGCCUGGACCGAGCUUGUGCUUGCGCCGGAGGCCUUUGCUGACGAGGAGGAGGUCUCGGCAGCCGAGGCCGACGCGGCGGCGACUCGGAUCCAGGCGACGUGGCGCGGGCAUGCGGCGCGGUCGCGGCUGCGUGCUGCGCGCGCGGCAGCGGCACGGGCGUCGUGGCGUGGUCCAGUGCUGGUCAACGUCAUCGAGGCUCGCGACCUGCCGACCAAAACGCCGGUCCUCUGCACGGCGACGGCAGGCAAGGUGACGUUUGCCACCGAGCGGCGCGGCCCGCCAACGGCGCCGGUGUGGAACGAGGCCUUUGUGUUUGGCCUCGCCGGCACCGAGGCUGCGCUCGACGUCUCGCUCUAUGAGGCAAACAAGGUCAAGGGCAAGCCAUUGGCGCGCGGGCGGCUCGAGCUGAGCGGGCUUGAGACCCGUGGCGUCCGUAAUGAUGUAUGGCUGGCCAUGGCCGGUCGGAAGAAGAAUUCGGCCGCCGGCGAGGUCCGCGUAGCCAUCAUCCACCGUCCGUCGCGCGAGCAGGUGCCGGCUGGCGCGCAUGUCCGCACCUCGGAGCGCGUGGCCGAGUCAGAGACCGGCGAGGAAGUGGUGUGGGAAGGCAAGAUGCUGGUGCGGGUCAUCGAGGCACGGUACACCAAUGGCCGGGUCGGAGCGUGCAAAGUUGACGUCCAGGGCCAAGCCGAGACAACCCGGCUGGUGACCAAGACGACGACGCCCGAGUGGAACGACGCAUUUAUCUUUGACCUCGACGGCACCGACGGCGUCAUCAACGUCCGGCUGCUGGACCUCAAGGGGAAGAAGAGCCUGGCAGUGGGGCAUAUUCCGGUCUCGAUGCUCCUCGACAACGGGGCGUCCAACGACCUGUGGUUUGAGUUUGACGGCUACGACGGGCAAGUCCGACUCGACAUUGUCCACAACCCGACACAGGCGCAGAUCGACGAGGCGCUUCUUGCCGGCAUGUGGUCAGGGCGGAUUCUUGUCCGGGUUCUCCGCGCCUCCAAGGUGGCGACCAACGUGGCGUGUGCGGUCGAGCUGAACGGCGACCGCCAGCGGACGCGGCUGACCGAAGAGGCCGAGUGGGACGAGGGCUUCAUUUUUGAGCUGGAGCCGACCCGCGAGCCUACCGUCGACUUUCGGGUGGUCAAGGUCGACGACGGCGUCAUCGCGUCGGGCGUGCUGGAGCUGACCGAGCUCAAGCGCGACGGCGUGGUCAACCGGUGUAACGUCAAACUGACCGGCGGACGCAAGGGCGCGGCACUUGACGCCAUUGUUGUCCACGACCCGUCCGAGGAGGAGCUCCGCGGUGUGACGGCACGGCAAGAGGAGCUGGCGGCGCAGGCGGCGGCCGAGGUGGCCGUCCGCGAGGCCGCCGCCCGUGCCGCGGCCGAGGCUGCUGCUCGCGCUGAGGCUGAGGCGGCAGCACGGCGGGCUGCGGCCCAGGCUGCAUGGACCGGUCCGGUACUGGUCCGGGUCCUCUCUGCCCGCAAUGUCCCCCAGGGCGACACGUUCAGCAAGUCGGAUGCAUACUGCGUGGUGCGGGUCCAGGGCGAGAAGGCGCAGACGCGGGUGGUUGGCAAUGCCGCAGAUCCGGUGUGGAACGAGGCCUUUGAGUUUGAGCUCGACGGAACGGACUCGACGCUCGCGGUGGCGCUCUACGACGAGGACGCCGACGGCGACGGCGACGAUGCGCUUGCGCUCGGGCACAUUGACCUGAAGAAGCUGGACAAGGACGGGGCCGAGAACGACGAGUGGUACGCCAUCGGCGACGACGGCGGCGAGGUUCAUCUUGUCAUUGUCCACCAUCCGACCGAGGAGACGCUCGCGGCAGCCCGCAAGGCAUCCGAGCCGCUUUUGCGUUCGUCGCCGUCGACAGCAGCUUGGACCGGGCCGAUCACGGUCCGUGUUGUUGAGGCCAAGAACGUGCCAAAGGGCGACGCGUUCUCGCAGUCGGACGCGCGGUGCGUGCUCGAGCUGCAGGGCGAAGAGCGGCGGACGAGCGUGGUGGCCGACACUGAUGCGCCGACGUGGAACGAGGAGUUUGGCUUUGAGCUGGACGGCUCCGACGACACGCUGGCGGUCAAGCUUGUCGACGACGACAACGGGAGCGACGACGUGCUCGCGGUUGGCCACGUGCCGCUGAGGUUGCUCGAACGUGACGGUGUGGUCAACGAUCAAUGGUAUGGCUUUGACGACAGCGAUGCUAUGGUCCGCCUCGUGGUCGUUCACGGCGCGGAGGCUGCGGGCGAGUCGGCGAUGGAGGCCGAGCCCGAGGCCGAGCCCGAGACUGAGGCCGCGCCACAGUCGCAGCCGUGGACCGGACCGAUGCUGGUGCGCGUGGUUGAGGCCACGAAGGUUCCCAAGGGUGACACGUUUUCCAAGUCAGACGCGCGGUGUGUGCUCGAGCUGCAGGGCGAAGAGCGGCGGACGAGCGUGGUGGACGACACUGAUGCGCCGACGUGGAACGAGGAGUUUGACUUUGAGCUGGACGGCUCCGACGAGACGCUGGCGGUCAAGCUUGUUGAUGAUGACGAUGGAAGUGACGACGUGCUCGCGGUUGGCCACGUGCCGCUGAACAUGCUGGAGCGUGAUGGCGAGACCGACCAGUGGUACGGAUUCGACAACUGUGACGCCAUGGUCCGGCUCGUUGUGCUUCACGGCGCAGCCGCCGAGGCACGGCUGGCGGCCGAGGCUGCGACCAAGGCCAAGGCCGAGGAAGAGGCGCGGCUGGCGGCCGAGGAAGAGGCACGGCUGGCGGCCGAGGCUGCGGCCAAGGCCAAGGCCGAGGAAGAGGCACGGCUGGCGGCCGAGGCUGCGGCCAAGGCCAAGGCCGAGGAAGAGGCGCGGCUGGCGGCCGAGGCUGCGGCCAAGGCCAAGGCCGAAGAAGAGGCACGGCUGGCGGCCGAGGCUGCGGCCAAGGCCAAGGCCGAGGAAGAGGCACGGCUGGCGGCCGAGGCUGCGGCCAAGGCCAAGGCCGAGGAAGAGGCACGGCUGGCGGCCGAGGAAGAGGCGCGGCUGGCGGCCGAGGCUGCGGCCAAGGCCAAGGCCGAGGAAGAGGCACGGCUGGCGGCCGAGGAAGAGGCGCGGCUGGCGGCCGAGGCUGCGGCCAAGGCCAAGGCCGAGGAAGAGGCACGGCUGGCGGCCGAGGAAGAGGCACGGCUGGCGGCCGAGGAAGAGGCGCGGCUGGCGGCCGAGGAAGAGGCGCGACUGGCGGCCGAGGCUGCGGCCGCGCCCGAGCCCUGGACUGGACUCACUCGGAUCCAGGUUGUCGAGGCCAAGAAGGUGCCCAAGGGUGACGCUUUCUCCAAGUCUGACGCCCGGUGCGUGAUCGCGAUUCAGGACCAGGAGCGGCGGACCAACGUGGUGGACAACACCGAGGCACCGACAUGGAACGAAACGUUCGACUUUGUCCUCGACGGCAGCGACGCCACGCUGGAGGUCAAGCUUGUGGACGAUGACGACGGGAGCGAUGACGUGCUCGCAGUCGGUCACGUGCCGCUGGGCAUGCUGGAGCGCGACGGAGUGGUCAAUGACCAGUGGUUCGGCUUUGAUAAUUGCGAGGCCAUUGUCCAUCUCAUCAUCACCCACCGCCCUGCGGCAGAGCCAGCGCUUGCAGCGCCCGCGGCGCCCGUCGCGGCGUCGAGCAGUGCCGAGUGGGCAGGCGACGCCAUGGUCCUCGUAGCGUCGGGGAGUGAGCUCCCUGUCGACAGCUACGUUCGGUUGGAGAUGGGCGAGACAUCGGUGCGAACGAGCCCGGUGACCGGGGCGGCGGCCGAGAUCAACGAGGCGUUCCUCAUUCCGUCGGACGGAGCAGACACGUCGCUGGCCGUCUUUGUGUGCGAUAACAAGACCGACGAAGUCAUCUCAGCAGGACAGGUCCCGCUCGAGUCGCUCAAGGCCGACAGCGAGGAGAACGAGCUACAGGCCGGCUUUUCUGACAGCAGCACCGCAGUUAAGCUGUUGGUCAUCGCCAACCCGACGGAGGAGCAGAUGGCCAUGUACAUGCACUCGGCGAACUGGACCCCGUGGACCGGUCCGGUUGAGCUGCGGAUUGUGGAGGCACUGCAUGUCGAGAACAGCGAAGGCGACGAUGCAGCGUUCUGCGAGCUGGCCAUCCAGGGCCAGACCUUCCUGGCCGGCCCGGCCGUGGUCGGUGACGACCGGCACCCGGUGUGGGACAAGUCGUUUGUGCUCGAGCUCGACGGCUCGACCUCCAAGCUCAAGCUCCGGCUCCUCGACUCAACCAAGAAUGCGCUCACCCAUGGUCGCAUCUCGCUCAAGUACCUCAACCGCGGUGGCGCCGUCAACGACUCAUGGCUCGGCUUUGACAAGAAGGACACCCGCAUCCACAUCAUCAUCACCCACUAUCCGUCGCUGGAGUAUGAGUCGGAGUAUGGCGGCGACGAAGCAGCCGCGUCAGCGUCGGCAUCGGCGUCGGCGUCGGCUGCCGUGUCACCAACCAAGACUGUCGAGUCGCGAGUUUACUAA